GGCAUGCCGGGACUUGUAGUCCCCCGCGCCGCACUGCGGCGGGCUGCGCGACAUGGCGGCGGCCGCGCCGCGGGCGCUGGCGGCCUUGGGCGCUGCGCUGCUGCUCGCCGUCAGCGGCCGGGCGGGGAAGUACUCGCGCGAGGCCAACGAAGGGCUGGCGGCCGCCGGCGCCAAGCGGCGGGAGGCUGGGGAGUUCCGCGUGGUGAGGCUGAACCAGGUCUGGGAGAAGGCGCAGCGGCUUCAUCUCUCUGCUGUGAAACUGGCAGAGUUGCACAGCGAUCUAAAAAUACAAGAAAAGGAUGAGCUAAGCUGGAAAAAACUGAAGGCUGAAGGGCUCGAUGAAGAUGGAGAGAAAGAAGCCAAACUUAGACGCAACUUAAAUGUCAUUAUGACUAAAUAUGGCAUGAAUGGAAAGAAGGACUCUCAUCUAGUUGAUACCAACUACAUUAAAGAUGGUACAGAAAGUGAUGCACUAGAUGAUCCAAGACUGGAAAAAUUGUGGAGCAAGGCCAAGACCUCUGGGAAGUUCUCUGAUGAGGAGCUGGAUAAGCUUUGGCGAGAAUUUAAGCACCACAAAGAAAAGAUUCAUGAAUACAAUAUUCUGUUAGAGACCGUGAGCAGAACAGAAGAUAUUCACAAGAAUGUUAUCCACCCAUCUGAAGAGAAUCUGGUAAAAGAGGAAAUCUUGCACAGCAAACACAGAGAACUCAAAGACAAGCUAAGGAGCAUCAAUCAGGGGUUUGAGCGUUUGCGUAAAGUCAGUCACCAGGGAUAUGACACAAACAGUGAAUUUGAGGAACCAAGAGUGAUUGAUUUGUGGGACAUGGCCAAAUCAGCCAACUUUACUGAGAAAGAACUUGAAUCUUUUCGGGAGGAGCUGAAACACUUUGAAGCAAAAAUUGAAAAACAUCAUCACUACCAGAAACAAUUAGAGAUUUCACACCAGAAACUGAAACAUGUAGAGGAAACUGGAGAUAAGGAUCAUCUAAACAGAAACAAAGAGAAAUAUGCCAUGCUAGAAGAAAAGACAAAAGAACUAGGAUAUAAGGUAAAGAAGCACUUGCAAGACUUAUCCAGCAGAAUUUCUCAAGGUCUUCAACACAAUGAAUUAUAAACACCUUUUCUCCUUCAUGGGAUCAAUCUGUUAACACAAAACAGAGAAUGUUUUUCUGAACAAGAUUUACCAAGGAGUCCUUCUGAAAUACUGAGGAUUGAACAGAAUUGUUCUCUGUAAGAAAUUUCUUUUUUGGUCCACUUAGUUGCUAGUUUACUUGCACUAUCAAGUUAAAUGAUUAGAUUAUAAAUUUAAUUUGCACACCUGUGAUAACAUAAAUCUUAUAUCACAAUGAAAUACUAGCCUUUGAAAUAAGCAGUUCUGUCAAAAGGAUAAACGUGAAAUUUCAGAGAUUUCCUAGUAGUAAAAAAACAACAACUUGAUAACAGAGAUCAAGGUGUCAUGAUCAGUGGACACAAACACUGAGAUGCAGGAGGUUAAAACAGAGGCAGAAAAUAUAAGCAGGUCUUUUACUGAAUAAUUUCAAUGAUGAUUGGCCUAAUCCAGUUCCUACCGAAGGUAACUAAAUAUUUCCACCAACUUCAAGCAUUGGGUCAGAGCUGCACUGUCUAUGACUCUUGCAGCAGUAAGGAGACAACAAGCAUUGAGGUCAACUCACACAAUUUUGUGAUGGACUAACAUGUCUGAAGUUACUGAUGUAUGUGUACAAUUUUUUCAUUAAUGGUUGCUUGGUUUUGUUACACUUAGUCCUUAAAAAUCAAAACAAGGUAUCAGUGAGCUUUUUUUUUUUUUUUCUUUUCUCUUCUCUCUCCUUCAGUCAGAAAUAAUUUCCCAUCUUUCAUUGAGCAUGUAUGCUCAUUACAGGGAAUUAAAGUUCACUCACCCAUCAGCUUUUAAGAGUUUGGGAGUGGGGGGGAACAGUUGCAUGACAAGAAUGGGUUUCUGUAUUCUGAAUAGGCAGGAGGCUGUCAAAGCCAGCUUUUGCCCUGUACAUGUCCUAGUAAAAUCUCUAGUUAAUGUUAUUAGCACUUUCCCUUUCAAGACCUGCUCUUUAUAUUGAGCUUCAGAACUUUGGCAAACAUUAACCAUCUGGGUUGAAUUUUCCCAUACUAAUAAUGCUGACCCUUUAUUUCUAAGGUGUUUCACGUGAAACUGUUCCAGUAACAAGGUUAAGGCAAAGGUCCAGUGUAGGUAAAUCAUUACAGCUAUGUAGUUGACAUGUUCUACUGCUCAUGCAUUGCACAGCUGUAAUGGACCUUGGGGGGAAACAUGUUUUCAAGCCUUGUUUACCAUAUGCAUGCCAUGAGAAUUAUUUAAGAGAUCCAUUGAGUUAAAAUCAGCCACUAUACAUUUGUCCUCAUCGAGAGUCUCAGGUGGAUUAAAAGUAGUCUGAUUCUGUAUAUAAAAGCUAUUUCAUAAUGCAAAAGUGGUCUGAAUCAAAACUGUAGUAGCAGUCCUUCUUUGGGAUUCCUCAUGUCUUACUUUGCAGUAUCAAUUUUUACUAUGUUUUAAUGUACUCUAACAGUUAUUUAUAUUCCAAAGAAUUACUGUUCAUCACUGAAAACACAGGCUACCAUUAUUAGUAUAAGUAAUUUAAUAAUGGUACUCAAUAAUAAUAAUGUAGCUUAGUUACCCAUAGGGAAUUGUUUGAGAGAAGAGCAUCUGAAACAGCCAGUUCCAGUUGUAAUGGCAUUUCGAGGUGGCGGUGACAUGACAAUCCUAGACUGUAGCCUAAAUACUGUAAUUGAUUGAACUCAAGUCCCAUGAGAGACUUGAGCAUAACCAUAUUCCUGAUGUGGUUUAUCUUUCUGACAGAUUUUGUGUCAAACAAGAGGGCAUUCAGCAAUGAGUGGAGCUACAUGCACUUCUUCAGAUCCUGAAUUUCAUUCAAAACUAAAGUGACGUUCUGUGAUUACAGUGCAGUUCCACCCCCCUGGAAUUUAAGUACAGAAUUUCCAAUAGUGGCAGUAGAAACAACCUGGAAUUUCUCAUAAAUAUUUAUAAUUUGGCACCUUAGAGAUGGUUCAGUUAAUUAAGUUUAUGGUGUAUGCCCCCUUUGGUUGCUGUCCUUUAAAAAAGAAAAAAAAAAAAAAAAAGGCAAGCUCAGCAAUAGCUAAAAUACAUUUAUACUUGAGGAAAGAGAGCUUAGGUGCCUUUUUCCCCCCUAGAUUAUUAUAUUAAAGAUUGUUCAGCCUUCUUUACCCCAGCAGUUGCUGCAUUGGCUCCAAGGUUUAUCAUCAAGAUCAUAAUUUUUUCAAUUCUUCAAGGUGAACACAGAAUAGAAAUGUUAUGUUAACUCUAUACUAUGUCCUUCAGUUCCAUUUUCCCUGUGGUAGAAUAAGCAAUAAAUCCAUGUACCGUAAGCCUGUUCAGUAUUGACUGGCUGUAGCCUUGUUUUGCAACUUGCAUGCUGGAAGGCCUACGCCAUGGUCUCCCGCAUGAAGAAUCUGAACAUAUGUACUCUAUACAUCAGCAGAGGAAAGGAGCUAAGCAAAACACUGAAAGAUCCAAGCAAUUCCUGCUUUCAGAGCUAACACCUGCUUGCAUUUGAAUCAAGUGAUAAAAUCCCAGUUGGGUUGUACAGAUUGGUAUGACUACACUUUGUCUGCUCUAGCUCAGGGGAAAGCUUUCAGUGAGAGCGUUCAGAAACUGGUGACGGAAAUCUCUCCCAUGAGGGGAAGCAAUUUGAGUUUCUCAGCCUACAAUAAAGACGGGCAGAGGAGCUGUAUGCUCAGCAAGAGAGGGUAUAUCACAAACCUGGGUUUCGUCUGUGGCACGCACUUGAAAUGGAAUAUAUUUCAAAUAAGCUCUACUUGAAGAAUUUCAGAAUACUAUGAGGUGGUGGGUUCACAGAGCACAUAACCAAAGUCAGAUUAGCAGUACUAAUGGUUGUCUCUGCGCAGCUGUUACAGCAUGUGCUAGCAGCUAUUACCCUGGUGGGAGGUCACUCACUUUAAACAGGGAUGAGUACAAGCAAGCUGCGACAGUAAUCAGGCUCAGAGGCCAGGUAGCCUCCUGCAGAGAAAAUGUUUGGCAAGCACUUCAAAGAACAAGAGAUUCACAAAAUAUUUGCAUGUCACAGAAAUUUUGAAUUAGGAACCAGUCACAGAUCAGUAGUGGCAACAUGGGAGAUGAUUGAUAUCAGCACAGUCACCUCACUUACUUUAGUCAUUUAAUCCUGCUCUUAGUGAGUCAUUGGGUCAGAACAAGCCCAAAGACUGUCCUCGUUUUAGUAAGAAAACCACUUCAUCCAAACAAACUUAGAGGAGAAAAAAAAAUAUCAGACACCAGUGGUUGCUGUCUCUGAAUCCAACUUCCCCUGAAAUCUCUGUAGCUGAGUAAGAGCCUGCUAGAGGGUAGAGAAGAAACUAGUAAUAGUUUCAAUGCCUGUCAAGGUCUUUUGCUGCUGUCCUCACCUUUUGAGAGCUGGAGACAGCUAGCCUCCAGUUGAAAAGCCUAAUUUCACUCGUUUCUUUAUUCUCUGCCUUCCACACAUGAAUAUAUGUACAAGUCAGUUAAUUAUUGCUCUAGGUGUUUUUAGUCCUCCAAAGACAAAUCAUAUGGCCAAAAUAACAAGAGUGGGUGGUCUUAAGAUGUUAAAGAUUUUAAAAAUAGCUUAAAUCACAACUCUUGUGUUUUCAUAAAUAGCAACAAAAGUUCAAAGCCAAGAAAAAAGGCAUAAAUGAAAUCUUUAGUUCCAAGUCCCUGCCUGGUUCAUAUAUACAGUCCUGUGCCUAGUGAGAGAUGAAUAAUGGAGUUCAGGGGUGAGACUGCAUGGAAAAAACAUCUGAACAGAAAUGAACUAUCAGCUUUUCCACAAUGGUUGAACCUUCUCCUUCUUUUCUUUAAUUGGUAUCAUCUGAUGCUUUUGUAAUUAAUCAAAUUGCCAAGAUUUUCAAACCACUCUGAGAAAUAAUUUGAAAUACACAAGUGGGAGCAGAAGAGAAAGGAUGAGAACUGUAUUUUUUAGAAGAAAAUGAUCAGGAGGUGCUUACCUUGCUUUGUGCUUACCCAGUCUGUCAACUUUUGUCCUGAAAAAGAACCUCAGAUUAAAUAAAUGUGUCAGUGACUUUA